UAGGGAUUUAACCUGCAUACAAGCUUUCAUAUAAAUACAUGGAGAAGUGUUUCAAUACUCAGAAUAGUCUUGACGAGUUCAGCUGCAUAUCAAAUAAAAGAUAAAAAUGCAAGUACAAAUUAUUAUUGGAUUCGCGUUGCUGGUGUGCGCUUGCGCAGAAGUACCUCAAGCUUAUGAGGAUGGAUAUCCUGAGCAUUACCAGUUCGCGAAGGCAGUUCGUCAUCCACGAGAUGUUACUUGGGACAAGAAAGUCGGCGAUGGAAAAGUAUUCGGUACUCUCGGUAACACGGACGACAGCCUUUUUGGCAAAGCUGGCUACAAGAAAGACAUAUUCAAUGACGAUAGAGGUAUUUUGAAAGGCGAAGCUUAUGGUUCACGUGUGUUGGGUGCAAACGGCGACAACAGCUAUUUGGGCGGGAAGUUAGAUUGGGCUAAUGCUAACAAAAAUGCUGAAGCAACUUUGGAACUCACCAAACAAAUUGGUGGCAGGACAAACGCCGCGGCUGCUGCUUCGAAAGUCUGGAAUUUUGACAAAAACACUCACCUAUCUGCUGGAGGAACCGUCUCCCAAGACCUGGGUCGUGGCAAGCCGGAUGUUGGUCUAGCAGCCAAGUUUGAACAUAUUUGGUGAUGAGGAGAAUUUUUUGAUGAUUGUUAUAAUAUAAUAUUUACGUAGUCGACUAGUCACCACGCCACAAAAUAUUAAAAAUAAAUAACUUCUAACUCA